AUGAACCCGACUUGGUCCUCAAAUAGCGACAUAACAGGGAUUGGGGUCGUCGCCAACUUUGUGGGUACAUCAUUGAUUGCUGUCUUGGUAAUUAUCGUUUACUAUUUUGCCACAUACCAACCCACCUGCGAUCCGUUCGAAGAAAUUGGCAACGAUUCGUUACCUUCACAACCACAACAUUCAUUUCGUCCGAAUCCAGUCGACGUGCUAGUGUUAACUUUCAUCCGCCACCAUUUCAAAAUGAAAUUUUCGGCCCGCACGCAAAGCCGUCACUCCAUCUCUCGCUUCGAAACUUCCUUCAUCAAGGUGAUUAGCGCUCAAGGCCCUGGAAUUUGA